AUGGGUGCUGUUCGCCUCAAUGAUGAGACUGGACAUUGUCCCGCUUAUAGAUCAAAGUAUAGUGAUUGGACUGAUGUAGAGUCGAUGUUAAAGCAUCAUCAUUAUGGUCUAUUACGUUAUAGAAUCAAACAGAAUGAUGAUAUCAAGUUUGAGUCAUAUACUCCUACAACAUCAUUGUUCAAAUAUGGGCAGAUUGAUGAUUACACAUUCAAUGCAGUCUAUAGCAAGUAUCGACAAUACUUCAAUCAUAAUAUUAUACUAAAGAAAGCUAUCAAGACUGGUCAGAGCAAACAUGUUAUCGACAUACUGUUGAAACAGACACAACCUAUUGUGUUUGAACGCGAUGUAUCAUCUUUGAUUGAGCUAUGCGAUCGUGAAUCAUACGAGUUGCUCAAGUACCUCUUGGACUCUGGUCACUAUAAUCAUAUACAAUGGAGUUGGUCACGUAUCAACAUACCAAGACUAUUCGAGAAGGCAUCAGCCUCAUCGAUUCGAUGCCUUCUCAAUCCCAACAACAAUAACACUGAAUCAUUGAUCGAUCGAAUCAAACAACAGUCGUGUCAAUACAUCCCUGAGAUAUUGGCCAAAGGUGAUCAGCAACUCAUUGAUCAACUACUGUUCAAGGAUGGUGUCAAGCAAUUCGAUGAACCAAUUACAGCGCACUUCAUGCUUCCAAUCACAGCUUCACCAACACAACAACUUGAACGCUUUGAACGAUUGUUGCCACAAGAUGACACACUCCACGAUCGAUCACUCAAUCACAUUGCUACAUCCAAGAGUGCAGCACUCUCUUUGCUCUCCUCUGCGUCGAUCCAGAUCCCUCGUCAAGACAUAGACAUUGGUGAUGAACAAAGGUUGAUCUUUGUCAAGCUUGGUGAGCUGGAGAAGACGAUGAUCGCACCGAGGAACAGAAAGUUGGAUAGAUACAUUGUCCAUGAGUACAUUGUCACUGGAGACUGCAUGCUCUUACCAUACUUGAUCAUUCAUCCAAAGAGGACCUAUUACAAACAUGAGGUGCAGAACAUUGUCAAUGAGAUAAUCAAACAUGGCAACCUCACUCAACUCAUUGUAGCCAUUGGUCUGUUGGACAAUGAGCUCAUACCCAAGCACAAUCGUCCAACUGAUCGUUCAUUAUACUUUGGUGACAUGUACAAUGCAUUCAUCGAUUCAGAUAACAUGACCAAGAGUCUUGAGUGCAUCCAGUAUCUCAAUCAACUCAAUGUUAUCCAGAGCAUUGCUCCACAGGUCGAGAGGAAACCAAUCACACUGUUGAGGACACCACCAAUGUUUGUGUUGGCAUUCCUCAUGUCCAGUGACAACAAGAUAUUCCCAUUAGAGUUGCUUCGUGAGAAGGUUGUAUUGAUGGAGCCGCAACAGAUCGACUAUGUUCUCAACAACAUGCCUUCAUUCUUUGAUCACUACAAAGGUGUUGGACUCAAUGAGUUGGACCUUAUAGUCUACACACAUUAUGUAUCACUCAAUCUAAACAACGAUGACAACAACAACAACCGUGGCAUUGACAUCUUCAGAUCGAUACUGGACAACCUGCCACGGAAACACUUUACAAAGUUUGUAGAGUCAACUAUACAUUACUUUAUAUCUUAUGGCAGGAUGAACUUGGAUGCUGUCAAGGUGAUAAUGGAACAUGUACUUCAUUUGGCACCGGCUCAAGUACUCUUAUCAAAGAUUGGUAUACAAGGUGUUGUCAAAAUGUUGUUAAUAUACAAGUAUGAUUAUCAUUUGGAGUACAAGUCCAAUGAUCUCACAAUGGUAUUCAGACUGGCCGUUGACUGCUACGUGACAGACUUGGCCAAGCACAUCUUCAAAUAUCAGAAAGGACUUGUCCAGCCAAGCGCUCUCAACAUGACCUCGUCAACUUGGAGCAAAUGGAACAUUGAUUGA